AUGGCGCUCUGCACCAAUCCUGAGCGGGUGGCGAUCCAGGCGAAGCUGCUAGAGUUCGACGCCCAGGGGUUGGUCAACCGGCCGAGGCGCCGAAGUCCCGAGACCACCGUGACCCCCGGGGUGGACGAGGCGGCCGGCGAGGAGACCGCAAGUGGUCCGGCGCCGCCUAUGGGUGCCGCCGAGAGUCAGGGGCGGCCAGAGGUGCCGAGGCCGGCGCCAGCCCCCGAGCCGAGCGCGCCCGAGCCGAGUGCACCGGCGGAGCCAGGGCUGGCAAGCGCGGUGGCGGAGCCGGGGCCAAUGGACGCGGCGGUGGAGCCUGGGCCGACGGAUGCAGCGGUGGAGCCUGGGCCGAUGGGCGCGGCAGCGAUGCCUGGGCCGAUGGGCGCGGCAGCGAUGCCGGGGCCGGCGGACGCGGCGGCCGAGGCGGGGCCGGUGGAUGCGGCAGCCGAGACAGAGAUGCAGCCGCUGCCAAGCGUCCGGCGCCGUCCGAGCCCACCCCAAGCGCGCCGAGCGUGGGACGGGUGA